GCCUGCGUUGCGCCCGGUGCCGGCCCGGCGGCGCUCUAACCACUGCACCCCCGAUCUCGUCCCCGCCGUCGGCCUCCAGCCACAGGCGUCGCUGUGCUCUCGCGCCGGCCCGGGAGCCGCGUUCCGCAGGGAGCAAGCGCUCGCGCAGAGCAGGGGUUUCAGUUUCUGGCGCGAACUUCCGCCGUUGCGAAGUUGCAGGGCGGCUUGGCGCGAUGUCUGGGGACGGCAGCGGCCGCCGGUCCGAGGGCCGGGGCCGGGGCCGCGACCCGCACCGGGAUCGCACCUGCUCCCGCUCCCGAUCGCGCUCCCCGCUGUCGCCGGUGUCCCGCCGCGGCGCCGCGCCCGAGCGCAGGGAGGCCCCGGAGCGCCCGAGCUUGGAGGAGACGGAGCCGUCGGAUUCCGGGGACGAGAUGAUGGACCCGGCGAGCUUGGAGGCGGAGACCGACCAUGGCCUGUGCCGCCAGAUCCGCCAUCAGUACCGGGCGCUCAUCAACUCGGUCCAACAAAACCGGGAGGAUAUAUUGAAUGCCGGCGACAAGUUAACAGAGGUCCUUGAAGAGGCCAACACCCUGUUUAAUGGAGUGUCCCGAGCGAGAGAAGCAGUCCUAGACGCCCACUUUCUUGUUUUGGCUUCAGAUUUGGGCAAAGAGAAGGCAAAGCAGCUGCGUUCUGAUCUGAACUCGUUUGAUAUGUUAAGAUAUGUCGAAACCCUACUGACACAUAUGGGUGUAAAUCCGCUAGAAGCUGAAGAACUCAUCCGUGAUGAAGAUAGUUCUGAUUUUGAAUUCAUAGUCUAUGACUCCUGGAAAAUAUCAGGCAGAACAGCAGAAAACACCUUUAAUAAAACCCAUACAUUCCACUUUCUGUUGGGUUCAAUACAAGGAGAGUGCCCCGUGCCAAAGCCACGAACCGAGCGUUCCAGAAAAGUUCGGAUGAUAGAAGAGCAGCAGGCAAUGCCUGACGAGUUAAAAAGAAUGGAAGAAUCUCAUCAAGAAGCAACAGAAAAAGAAGUAGAAAGAAUCUUGGGAUUGUUGCAAACAUAUUUUCAAAAAGAUCCUGAUACUCCGAUGUCCUUCUUUGACUUUGUGGUUGAUCCACAUUCUUUUGCCCGAACAGUGGAAAACAUCUUUCAUGUUUCUUUUAUUAUAAGGGAUGGGUUUGCAAGAAUAAGACUUGACCAAGACCGACUGCCAAUAAUAGAGCCUGUUAAUAUUAAUGAAGAAAGUGGAGGAAUUGACCAAAACACUCAAAUUAGGAAUCAGGGAAUUAUAGCUUUGAGUUACCGUGACUGGGAGGAGAUUGUGAAGACCUUUGAGAUCUCAGAGCCUAUGAUUACUUCAAGUCAAAGCCGGCAGAGGCUAAGUGCUUGACACCAGCUGAAGGACUCAAGUGGAUAGCGAAGUCCAAAAAGGAAAGCAGCGUAUUGUAUUGUACAUACUGUAUGAUUAAACAUUUUUAAAGACAGAUUGUUUUUAGUAAAGUGUAGCUUUUGAUAGUUAAUGGGUCGUCUUUGAUUAAAGGAGGUUCACUGCCAUAUUCACAAAUAA